AUGGCGGGUGACGUACAUGUAUGUGAGCGUUGCUCCGAUAAUUUUAUCGUGAAUAGUAAGUUAGUGUGCUGCAAAAAAUGCAAAAAGAGUUACCAUAGUCAGUGCGUGCCAGUGAAGGACGAUGCCCUGAAAAUUUUGUCCAAAUCUAAUAAUUUUGCUUGGUUUUGUGAUAUGUGUAAAAACGCAGAAUAUGGAGCGAUUUGUGUUGACGACAAUGGUGGACAAGCUGAAAAAAACAAGCUAAAAAGUGAAUGUCUAAAACAAAAGGAAAUUGAAUGUCUACAACGCGAAAAGUGCAUACUUGAAAAAUUGGUAACGGAAUUAGAGAAUGCAUCACAGUUGCAGAAAUUUAAAAUUGAUGUGUACGAAAAGGAGCUGAAUGCGACAAAAACGUCUUCGAGUAAUAGUGGAAUGCUGCAAAAAACUGCUUCAGCAGAAUCGUACAUCCAAGUGUUAAAAAAGCCAUUGUAUACUAACAAUGACUCAUCUGUGUUGCUGGUAAAAUCUUCUGAAAGAAAUUCUGAGGAUAUUUUCAAAAGAAUGGCUCAAGUAUUAAACCCUGCCAAUUUGGAAGUCUAUAUAAAUAGUACAAGGAAGAUAAAGAAUGGAGUUGCCGUCAUUUGCAACAAAAAAUCAAAUUUGGACAAAUUCAAAGACGUUCUACAAACCCAGUUAGGAGACGAAUACGUUGUCGAUGAGGCAAAAAAACAUAAACCACGCAUUCGUGUGAAGAAUGUUGAAAUAACAGAUGAUCUAAACAGUGACGAUCAAAUAAUAGGUAGCCUAUUUUGUCAAAACAACUUGGAUACCUUCAAUUCUUCGGAUAUAAAAGUGAUCACCAAAUUAAAAAUGCGGAAUGGCUGUGACCUCAUCUUAGAGGUUUCUCCGGAGGUUCGGAAAAAAGUAAUGGUGCAAGAAUACGUCUAUAUCGGUUGGAAGAGAUGUGCAGUUACCGAUCACCUUCAAAUUGUGCAAUGCUAUAAGUGCUCAGUGUUUGGUCAUACUGAUAAGCAGUGCAGAUCUGCAUCUGCUAGGUGCCCUUCUUGUUCCGGAAAUCAUUGCUUAAAAGAAUGUAAAUCUACAAAUAAAUCAUGUAGUAGCUGUAUUAAUUAUAAUCAUUGGAAGAAGGAAAACAUUGCAGUGGACCAUUCAGCAAGGGAUAUGACUUGCCCUCUGUACUUAAGGUACAUCUCUAAAUUAAAAGGUAGGAUCGAUUAUGGUUAA